AUGCUCAUCGCCCCCAACGCCUCCACGAGGCCCUCCCACGACGAGGCCGACAUGGCUGAGGACUUGGACGAACCCCCUGAUCAACAUCAUAUUAUCCAUGCGACUUCAUUACACCACCACGAUGAGACCGUCUUCGCCCGCCCUGCUAUCUCCCACCAAAAGGAAUCCCUGCUCACCCGCGCCCUCAAGAGCAGCCCGGAGAUGUCCCCCACCGAACCACACUCCGCCCUCCACGACUCUACAUACUCGUACCGCUCCUACCCUCACAGCAACAUUAGUGGCAUCUCUACCGCAGAGCUGACCAGUGAUGGCGGCUUGACCAGCCCGUCUCUUUCCAACACCCCGAGUCCACCGUUGCCACCACAGAUGAUGGGCAAGGCUGCUCCGAUGAACGGCAGGAGAGACAGCACUCCCAAGGUCAAAAUCGCCGUUGCCAAUGAGACCACCGUCGAGGCCAACCUGGGCCGUAAGCGGUGCAUCAGCUUUGCCUGCGGUCGCCAGACCGAGCCCACUACUACUCAAAAACCUUCCACGCCACAAAACCCUCAACCCGCACCAACCCAAGCUACACUUGAACCUCCCAAGCGCAAAACUGCUCUCACAUUUGCCUGCCCCGGACGUCUUUCCGCCAUCGCACGUGAACGCUCGCCAGGUCGUAAGAGCGCCUUCCGAAGCCGUUGUCGCGGCUCUCCAGCACCCGUUGCCCGCAAGCCCUCCCAGGACCGUGUGGACGGUGCUCUGAAUGAGAAGGUGCCGGCAAAGAGUGUCCCUCAAGGUAUUCCGACCAGCGGGCUCGGCAAGUUUGAGGAAUCCGAGGCUACUCGGUUCCACGAGUUUGCCAGCUCCAUGGAUGAGGAUGACGAGUGGGUGACUAAGUCGACCGAUUACGCCCAAAAGAUCACUCUCAACGAUUGCAUGAAGAAAGAGAUUGCCAUUCGACGACUGGGUGAAGAGGCCGAGGAGGAAGCUCAGGAUGAAGAAGACGAAGAUGACGAAGAUGACGACGUCGAGGAUCUCGCCGAUGAUGACUCCACUGUUCACUUCUCCGACGACGAUGGAAACGAGUCCGACAAUGAGGCUGGCUUUGCUGACUCUGACGAGAGCGAUGAUGAUGGCUCCGACUACGAAUUCUGGGCCCCUUCGGCAGUUGUACCUGAUUCCAGCAAUCAGCCUUCCGACGCCUUCGCUGCAUCCAUGGAGCGUCGUGCUUCAAACACUUCAUUCGACUCUAUGACCGAUGACCACCACCACCCGAAAUGGUUGCCAGCUCCCGUUCGAAAGCUUGCAGGCCGUCGCCCUUCCAAGGGGUCUAAGAUUAUGCGCCCUGGCACCCCCAACCUUCCGGAUAGCACUGAUUUUGUCUGUGGCACACUCGAUGAAGAUCGUCCUAUGGAGGCUGCUUACAAGUCCUGCAUGGAGCAACGGCGCAUGUCGAAGCACAUUCUCAUCCCGCAAGACAUCGACCCUAGCUUCCCGACCAGCGACCCAGAGGACGACGACGAGGAUCUGGAGGAUAUCUCGCACGGUGAUUUCGACGAAUUCAUUUUCGAGCCGUCCCGCGGCCGCACGGAGGAUCCCACUCGCAAGCCCUCGCCUCGUCACUCCCCCAAGCGUAUGGUGUCUCCCCCACCUCGCCGGGCUGGUCGAAUUUCUCCCAAGCGUCUGAAGUCCCCUCCUCCUCGAUCCCGGGCCUGCCGAGCCAAGUCGCCAUCGCCUUCUAAGCGACCUGUCUUCCCGGAGGAUCUGCCCGCUAUCGAGUCUUCUUCACCACAGGGUCUGAACAUCAGCCACUUGGUCCAGCGCCCACAUUUGGUACGCACCAAGUCGCUGCCGCGCACACCCAACCCUUUCUUCACAAGCUUGGACAAGUCACACCGGUGGCAUGGAAUCCCACCUUUGACCGAGUCGCCCGAGCGGGAGCACUCUCGCACACGCGAAAUGCACACCCGUGGACCCAUUGACAUUGUCGAGGGUCUUGAAAAGAAGCGCCAGAAGCGCAAAGAAAAGUUCUGGCGUCAACAUUGCCGUAAAGCUGCCAAAGAGCAGAUGGUUCGGCGGCCGAUUCCCGGCAAGGGAGCCGAACGGAUGAAGGAGCUUGGCCUCGAAGUUGCUGAGAGGUGCAGGGCUUAUGGUGUUGCUCAAGACACCCAGCUCGUCCUAUCCGUUUAG